ACUUUCUGCACACACGUCAUUGGGCUGAUGCACACAACUUUAAUGUAAGGUCUCCUGAAUCUGCAAAACUGCAUUUACACGUGCCUCUCUCAACAAUGCCAACAAUUUGUACUGCUCCUAAUAUAUCACGGUCCGUGACUCCAACCUUCCCGAGACGUAUUGAGUGACACUGUAAGGAACACAUCAUUAACACUGGACCCCGCAGUUUUAUACUGCCCAGGGAGAAUGCAGGUGCAAUUUAUCAGAGCGCCCGCCAGUGUAAACUUACUGGACAGCCAGUCAUCCAGGACUGAGUGGCUGUUGGAAAACAGGAACAGCAUCCAAACGGGAAAAAAAGUGCAUUUUAGCCCAAGCAUCUGACAAUGCAGCAUGUUUGGUGAUAUGGAAAGCAAAUUUGAAUGGUGAGGACAGAAAAGUCACAGCUUUCCUGUGGAGUGGUUUGUUCUUAAAUCAACUGUUCUCGGGGUUUCUGACUGAGUGUAGCUGUUCAACGAUGUCAUCACUGAUCUGUUUCAGACCAAAACAAGUGGAAGAGGCCAGGGAACACAACAGUCCCGAUCUUGAUUUGAGUGACAGAAGCAUCAGUAAACUUGUUGACAUACCCGGAUUGUUUACUUUGAAGAAUCUAACUAGGCUCACCUUGAGCCACAACAAACUUGAUGCCGUACCUCCACACAUGAUAGAGUUGACCUCACUGGAGACCCUCAACCUCUUCAACAAUUACAUUGAGGAGCUACCCACCAACCUCAGCUCCAUGCAGAAUCUCAAGCACCUCAGCAUAGGAAUGAAUCGUCUGUAUGCCUUGCCCCGUGGGUUCGGUUCUUUCCCCAAGCUGGAGAUCCUGGAUGCAUCCUACAACAAUCUGACCGAGAACAGUCUGCCCGGAAACUUUUUCCUCCUUGAAACGCUGAGGGCUUUGUACCUUUCUGACAACGACUUUGAAAUUAUUCCUGAGGAUAUUGGUCAGCUGACCAAACUGGAAGUGCUUGCUUUGAGAGACAACCAGCUGAUAGCUCUGCCCAAAGCCAUUGGGGACCUGCCUAAACUAAAAGAGCUUCACAUCCAAGGGAACCGGCUAACUGUGCUGCCGCCAGAACUUGGUAAGCUCGACCUUUACAGUGGCAACACAGCCUUGAAGGCGGAGAACAACCCCUGGGUGCCACCCAUCGCUAGUCAGUUCCAAGUGGGCGUGUCACAUGUCUUUGAGUAUAUACGAUCAGAGACUUACAAAUUUUUGUAUGGUCGUCACGUCCAGGCUGGUGCGGCCCCUCCUCCAAAGACCAACAGCAAUGCUAAGAAGACCAGCAGGAGGGAAGUCUGGGGGAAGAAGUAGAGAAAAAGCAACUGUGCCAUCUGAAAUGAAUGCCAAGCCCUUCCAUGAAAAGUGCUUCUUUCUUCUAAAGUCUUGUGUUCAGCCGAGGAGAAGGCAAGUCCAUACAAAAGUUUUACUAUGAAGUACCCAAGGCCACCAGUAACUUCGUAGGUAGAACCUCGAGAUAACAGGUUGGCAUGUUCAGGUUUGGGCGGGUUUAAAUGAAUGCAGGGCUUUCAUUUAAUUUUUACUUUGGCUUUUUUGGGGGGGGUCACAUUGCCAGUGACCUUAUGGCCCCAAGUUGAAGUUAUUUGGCCUCAGCUCGGCUGGAUCUUUCAUGAGCCAGAAUUCCCCUUCAAGGGGCUUGGCCAUGUUCGCUAACAAUCGAGUUGGGUAUUGAAAACAUUUUUUUUAAGGCAGUCUUUUGCAGCUUGUUUUUCUGCCAUCGCUGUGGCUUAUUUUCAUUUGAGAUACAAGUAUUUUACUGAGCAGUGAGUCGCCCUCUUUGUAUCACAAAUUGGCCUUUUCACACUCGGAAGAGUUCAUAUUCCACAUUCUAAAGCCAGGGAACUAGAACCCAAGUUGAUGACUUUUGGAUACUCUGUGAUUUCAGACCAUAAAUUGCGCCAGCCAUGAUCAAUCAGUGUUCAAGUAAAACAUAAGCCAGUCACUACGGCAACAAGCUAGUGACCUUUGUUGGCACAGACCUUCUGAUAAAUAGUGCAAGAGUGAACUGUUCUUUUCUUCACUUGGACCAAACAUUCAACACGAUACGACACAGGACACUGUAGAAGAUGGGCGAAAUGGCAGCAUGCACACCUUGUAAGCAUUUUUCGUCCAAAUUUGUCUUCCCACAUUGGUCUAAUUCCUUUCUAAUUAGUGCCCCUUGGCAUUGCCCUACAAACUUUGCUUUGACCAGUGUUCACUCAACUGAUGUUGCAAAAAAUAGAAGCACCCAUUUGUCAUGGCCAACUUAUACUAAUGUUUUGAUUUCCUAACCUUAACCAACAAAACCUUGGUCAGAGAGAUCAUUGUUUUUCUUUCACUUUCCCCAGGUUCUUUGUGGUCAAAAACCAUAAAAGUUCUUGUGCUUGGAUAUUUCACUCUCAGUAUUUUAUUUUCAAUAUGUUAAUUGCCAUCCCUCAAAGUUAAAAGCAAAGCCAAGAAAUGAGAUCUGCGUUCCCCCUCACACCCAAAGAAAUGUUUAUUCUUUGGAAAGGAAGUCGCACAUUUAUCGCAGUCCAACUCAUUUGUACAUAGUAAUGCUUAUUUAUAUACCAAUAGUGAAUUAACAUUUCUCUAUUUUAGACUUUGUUGCAUAAUACUGUACAGUUUUUAUACUAAUAUAUCACAUUUGCUGGUUUUUAAAUACGUGAACACAACAUUAGGUCGAUCUUUGGAGCUCAAUACAAGUAACCUGUAAUCUGCUUUAAGUUGUGCAGUGUCAAUUCUACGUAAGAAAAUGAUGGAUUGAGUGUAAUAUAGGAAGAAGAGUUUGCUGGAAUAUAGUGUCUAAGCCCCCAAGCCAGUUUUCAACUUCACUUGAAGAACUUUAGAGUAGCAUGCUGUUAUCUCCAUUCUUGUUUAUCUCUGUAGUCUCAUGUCAGAAAUAAGUCACAAUUAGACAAAAUCUGUUUCGCUCAUUAUUUUACCAAUGUAUUGUGAAACAACACUCCAGGCCAUAUCUGGGGGAUUUUGCUUGCACAGUACGAAAUACACAGAUCUCCAUUUAAAGUGUGCAUGUAGCACAUGCAUGGCUCUCUUUGACAUUUUUGUGGUGGGGUGUUACACAACCAACAUGGUAGGCUGUCAACCGUUAGGAACUUGUAAACUGUCUGAGGUACUUCUCCCUUUUUUGUAUUUGUAAAUUAACAUGAAAAUCGUGUGUUGGUCCAUCAAGAUUAAAAAUUUGGUUAUAUUAGUUAAUUCCAUACUUGAUCCAAAUUUAAGCAUUGUUUUGAGAAUUUCUUUUGUGAAGAUGUGUUGUUUCUGAGCUUGGGAUUGUGCUGAGGAAGUUUAUCACCCACAAAGUUAUUAUAUUCAGCAACACAUACACCACUGGUAUUUAUGCCACUGUUAUUUAUCCAUUUUGUUGCUGACAGGCCAAGCUCCAGUGUCUUUUCCAGAACAGGUUGUCGACAUACAUAAGUUACAUGUACAUGUAACUUUUGUCAAUCUCAUGCCCUUCAUAAUAUAAUGUGCAUGCAACGAUUAAUGCAUUUCAUAUAUGCACUAAUAUCAAUGGAUUUUAUUUUAAUGUAGUGAAAUGGUAAAAGUGACACAACAAUCAGGGAAUUUUCCCAGUAACUCCCUUUCCCCCAAGGACCUUGAAGAUCUUCAUUAAAGUCUAUAUGAUGGUGCUUACAUUGCAUGUUAAAUUUAGCUAUAUUGUAAAGAUUAAUUUUUAUCCAUGUUGAAUAAAGACUAUUUGACAUUUAGAAA